AAAACUCAAUAGGAGAGGUUUGUCAGAGGCCAGGGCAGGUACACAGCCUACACAGGACCAGCCACACUGGGACUGCACAAGAUAUAAUAGUCACUGACCAUGCUGCUGCAAAGGCUGACCCUGUGUUCAAGGAUCCAACUGGAUUACCAGAGACACGUAUGCCGGUUGCUCACCAGACCCCUGAAACAAGCUCCCCAGGGGAGGGCCCAUGGCAGCUCCUUUGCCCACCGCGGUGAACUGCGUCAGGCCAAGAGGAUCGUGGUCAAGCUCGGCAGUGCUGUGGUCACCCGUGGCGAUGAAUGUGGCCUGGCACUGGGGAGGCUGGCCUCCAUUGUGGAGCAGGUGGCCAUGCUGCAGAAUCAAGGCAGGGAGAUGAUGAUUGUCACCAGUGGAGCUGUGGCCUUUGGCAAGCAAAGAUUAAGACACGAAAUCCUGCUCUCCCAGAGUGUCCGACAGGCGCUGCACUCAGGACACAAUCAGCUCAAAGACAUGUCUUUGCCAGUGCUGGAGGCCCGGGCCUGUGCUGCGGCGGGACAGAGCGGCUUGAUGGCCCUGUAUGAGGCCAUGUUCACCCAGUACAGCACUUGCACUGCACAGGUCCUGGUGACAAAUCUGGAUUUCCAUGAUGACCAAAAGAGGCAGAAUCUGAACAGCACACUGCAGGAGCUGCUGCGUAUGAACAUCGUGCCCAUUAUCAACACCAAUGACGCCGUGGUGCCCCCGCCGGAGCCCAACAGCGACCUGCAGGGGGUAAAUGUGAUCAGCAUUAAGGACAACGACAGCCUGGCGGCGCGGCUAGCUGUAGAGAUGAAGGCUGACCUCCUCAUCGCACUGUCAGACGUGGAAGGACUGUACAACAGCCCCCCUGGAACAGAUGACGCCAAGCUCAUUGACAUCCUCUACCCUGGAGACCAGCAGUCCAUCAUCUACGGCACAAAGUCCAGAGUUGGACUUGGAGGCAUGGAGGCCAAGGUAAAGGCUGCCCUUUGGGCCUUGCAAGGUGGCACCUCAGUGGUCAUUGCAAAUGGCACCCACCCAAAAGUAACAGGUCAUGUCAUCACUGACAUUGUGGAGGGCAAGAAAGUGGGAACCUUCUUCUCUGAGAUCAAACCUGCUGGCCCAACUGUGGAGCAUCAGACAGAAAUGGCACGUAAAUCUGGAAGAACCCUGGCGUCUCUGCACCCAGACCAGAGGAGUGAGAUCAUCUGCCAGCUUGCAGAGCUGUUGAUUGAGAAGAAGGACGAGAUUCUGACUGCAAACAAGUUGGACAUGGAGCUGGCUGUAAAUGCAGGCCAUUUGCCCCCAGCCAUGCUAAAGCGCCUGAGUUUGUCACCAGCCAAACUGAACAGCUUGGCCAUAGGUCUGCGGCAGAUUGCUGUGGCCGCCCAGGACAGUGUGGGUCGUGUGCUGUGCAGGACCAGGGUGGCUCACAACCUGGAGCUGGAGCAGAUAACUGUGCCCAUUGGAGUACUGUUGGUCAUCUUUGAGGCCCGACCUGACUGCCUGCCACAGGUGUCAGCAUUGGCCAUAGCCAGUGGUAACGCCCUCCUGCUGAAGGGAGGCAAGGAGGCAGCCAACACCAACCGGGUCCUCCACCAGCUCACACAGGAAGCCCUUUCCAUGCACGGAGUCACUGAGGCAGUGCAGCUGGUGAGCACUCGUGAGGAGGUGGAGGAUCUAUGCCGACUGGACAAGAUGAUCGACCUGAUUAUCCCUCGAGGUUCGUCCCAGUUGGUUAGGAACAUUCAGCGGGCUGCGAAGGGCAUCCCGGUCCUGGGUCACAGCGAGGGAAUCUGCCACGUCUACGUUGAUUCGGAAGCCAGCGUGGACAAAGUCAUCAAAAUUGUCAGAGACUCCAAGUGCGACUACCCGGCUGCAUGCAAUGCCAUGGAGAGCCUGCUAAUCCACAGGGACAUCCUCAGGACGCCACUGUUUGACCAGAUCAUUGACAUGUUGCGCACUGAAAAGGUGAAGAUUCAUGCAGGCCCUCGGUUCGCCUCCUACCUGACAUUCAGCCCGUCAGAGGCUAAGUCCAUGCGGACAGAGUACGGGGAUCUGGAGUGCUGCAUUGAGGUGGUGGACAGCAUGCAGGAGGCUGUGGACCAUAUUCACAAGUACGGCAGCUCCCACACCGACGUCAUCAUCACAGAAAAUGAGGACACGGCUGAGCAGUUCCUUCAGCUGCUGGACAGCGCCUGUGUUUUCUGGAACGCAAGCUCACGUUUCGCUGAUGGCUACCGCUUUGGACUUGGAGCAGAGGUCGGUAUCAGCACUGCACGUAUCCAUGCCCGAGGCCCCGUUGGGCUGGAGGGGCUGCUCACCACCAAGUGGGUCCUGAGAGGUGACGGGCACACAGCAGCUGACUUCUCUGAACAGGGUACCAUGAAGUACCUCCAUGAAAACCUGCUUGUUGUGCAACCUCUUGCCGGGCAGAGGGACAGCAACUAGACCAGAGACUUUCACAACACUCACUUGGCCUUAACGUUGGUGGAAAUGGUCUGCAUUGUCCACCAGCAGCUCCCUCUGGGCUCUUGUUGCAGAUAAUGUCAGUUCUGAUGUCACUUCUUUAAAGUUCUAAAGCACAAAGCAUGGAGAGAAAAGGUUAACACACCUACUGUCCAUUUUAAACGCACAACCACAAAGUUGUCCCUGUUUAAACUUCAGACUGUCACUAAGACUUUACAAAUAUUUAAAAUUUUACCUCAGCUUAUGAUUCUUUUAUACGAGUUAGGUAAGCCACCCUAAUAGGCUCCUGCAGGAUGUAUUAUGUAGCAA